AUCCAUGGGGGCCUACGUGAAACCGAUUGGUAUCUCUCUUUCUCACACCCUUGACCACCCACACACACAUCAUCCGUUGCGUAAGCAUGUUGCACAGCAAGUGUAAUGUGUAUGUGGUUAUCCAGUAUGGUGGCGACAUUUGCAUGGAGCAAGCGUUGUCGACUCAACCAGACCACCGCUUGUCCAGGGACGACGCCUUGAACUGCAGUGCCCAGGUCGCGAGUGCUCUUUCCCUCUGCCACGCCCAGGAUGUCGUCCAUGGGCAAUUGUCUUUGAGGCACGUGGCAGUAGAGAUAGCAUGGAAUCGGCACAUUUGCCGCCUUGUGGACUUCAGCAUGGCCGCCCACGUUCCAAAUUCCAGCACAAGGGAGACCCCGUGCGGAUCUCUGCCGUGCGUCGCUCCAGAGACGGCGCUGGAGGAGCCGCUCUUGCUCAAGCCAGCAGAUUGUUGGAGUCUAGGUGUGUUGUUCCUGGAGACCGCUUGCGGGCAGGGUUCGCUCGAGUUGCGCGUCCGGUGGCGUCGUGGAGAGACCAUCGCAUAUGCCGCACGGCGGAUAUUCGAGUUCUUCUUCCAGCAUGGUUGCCACCAGGAGGCGAUGUCGAUUAUGGCUAACGUGCACGACGACAUGAUACUGGCAUGCUUGGAGUCGGUGUUGAAGCCCGAGCCAGUUCGCAGAGCAAAGGCGUCCCACAUUGUAGAAAUGGUAUCUGCCAGAAACAGGGGGUAAAAUCUCACUGUGGAGGCCAAUAUUGGUUUGAUCUUAAGUUAGUUGCUUUUGCACUUUGGGCGCGCGUGCAGGAUUGCAUGCAGCUCACAGUUUCACACCUGCUGCUGGAAGCGCCAGAUUUUCUGCGCGACGCCGAUCCGCGAAUUACGCACUGCUCGUGCGCGGAGUGUCCACGAGGCCAGGCAGCCACUCAGGCGAGAGUCUGAAUGCAGUGAGGAGGUCCCUCAGCCCAGUGCUCAUAAGCGGCUGCCUGCGUCCCUUCCCUCUCCCCUUCCUCGGCCUCCUCCUCCCCCUCCUCUGACUGCAAGGUUGGCGACUCAGGGCGAUUUUUGUUGUUUUUAAGCCCUCGCGAUGGCUUAGAGUGGACGCCCGAACUCCACGAGCCCGAUCCCGAUCUCAUUGUACCCCCUCUCAUCAGAUGAUAAGCUGGGACGCCCUCUGACCGCCGGACGCGGAGGUGCUUCCUCACUGGCGCAGGACGCUCAGGAGUGGUGCCCCGUCCGUGCGGCGGCCACCAAGGCAGUGGUCUGGGCGACCCGAUUUAACACACGGGCUGAUGCCCGCGAUGAAGUUUUUUAUUUGCAUGCUAUCCGCUCGAAGUGGUCACGCAUGACUUAUACGAAGCUCGAGGGGCAGACAGCGGCGUGCCCCCAUUAUACCCCGCGCGCGCUUCCUCACGCGCUUCCUCAGACCCCCCCCUCCAACUUAUGGUGGUGGUGGUGGAAAACACGCUCAUCAGUAGUGCCCGGGGCCAAAAGAAGCUCGAGGGGCCAACAGCGGCGUGCCCCCAUUAGACCCCGCGCGCGCUUCCUCACGGGCGUGGGCAGUCCGUGAGCGGUGCCUCGCCCGUGCGCGGCGCCGACGGCAGGCUCCGGCCGGCGCAGGGAGUGUGCUAAUUCGACGGAGCAGCUCGAGCUGUGGGGCUGGCGGGAGAGAUUCGGGGGCGGAGUGGACGGCGGUCCGUCUGCAGAUAGGUUUCACCCCAUUUAACUCACGGGCUUACACCCGCGAUGGCAGUUUUGAUUUGCUGGACUUCGGGUCGAAGUGUUCACACAUUACAUAUACUGCGGAGGAGUGCCACCCAGGGCCACAUUCGGAAA